CGUUCCCGCAGUUCAUAUUCCCGUUCGAAGUUUGAACGCUGGCUCUGGAAUUGCUGCUGCAGGGCGUACCUUAGGACUUCCUUCCACGGGACCUGAUAAGACUUUUGGAGAUGUUCCAAACGAAAUAUAAACUCGGAUACCGGCAUACCUUUAGGACUACCAUCAAAGACGCGGAUCCUGCCCAGAAUAACUGCCAUUUGACAUUCUGCUUUGGCCGGACGGAGGUUCCUGAUAUGCUGUUCGCGACCAGUGAACUUGACGACCGCUUUCUUCCUCCGGCUGGUCGAUGUUCAGAGACAACUGAUUCGAAUGAAUCUGUUCCUGCGUUAUCGCCGGUCUCAACAAUCCUUCCCAGUUUCGGUCGCUCCUCUGUUGGUCAGACGGUGGUCCUUGUGGUGGAAAAUGCACUCCCCCAGGACGACGUGCGACUGGUACCAUGCCUGGUACCGUUCUUUACUCGGCCAUGGGUCCACUACAGAUCAGCGAUUUUUUUUUUAUCACUUCGGACGAGUUUCGCAGGAAGAAAUUCAGGAUUGUCCCACUGUGGCUUCGAGAAUCACCACCCUGAUGGUAGUGACCUCGGUCCAAACAGCUGGUUUCCGUUCCCGCUUCCGUCUAUACUUGCAACUGCUGGGCAUCGAUGCUACACAUUUCAACCAGUGUACAUGGACCACAACAAUCCCAAACAAAGACAACAGAUUUAGAUAAGUUAUUACCAAUUUACUUUACUUUAGACAA